ACGUUUCUUUUAGGCCGAAGAGGAAGAAGAGGAGGAUGACUUGUAUGAACCACCUCCUUGUGAUCUGAAGAGCUGGUUUCCACCCCCUGUAAGGACAAAGCAAAACAGCACAAGUCUGUAUUCAGAUCGUUCAGUAGAAGCACCCUCACCACAAACACGUCCCGCAAGGGAGGUAGGCAAUCAGGUUGCCCAGACUCACGGAAUGCGAUAUGUUGCCCAGAGGCCUGUCAAAUUGUUAACAUCAGGUAAAAAUGCUCAACCCCACUCUGCUGCAGACCGUAGGAUGUCUCUCCCUAGUUCUGCUCUUCGCACACUACCAGAACAUGCCAGCGAUCGACACAGAGGGUUAGAUGACAUGUAUGUGACCUUUGGGAGUAGUCAGGAUCCAGGUGUCGUGGGGAAACCUUGGUAUGUUGGAGGUCUGGAGCGCAAUGAAGCAGAGAAAGCACUGCGCAGAAUGAACAAGAAUGGCAGUUUUCUUGUGCGCCUGAGCUCUGUGCAUAACCAUCUGCAGCCAUAUACUCUUGUUGUGCUGUACAAUGGGCACAUUUACAACAUUCCCAUACGAGCGCUUGGUGCCCGCGGAUACUCACUAGGCAAGGAGGGGAAACAACAUGAGGAGACAUUCUUAUCUGUUGUCCAUCUGAUUGAACAUUACCAGAACGAUUACUUGCACCUGAUCAACCGACAAACUCAUUGUCGUGAGUCUACCAUCUUGAUAUACCCAGCUCUUCAAUAAGAAACAAAUUCCUCUCCAUGAA